ACGUUUAUUAAAUACUUAAUUGACAAAUGUCAUGGCCUCCUCACAAAUUUCAAACUUCGUCCAAGGACAUCCAGAACUGCUCCUUCCAGCGAGGAGGCAAGACGAUACGAAGUCAGUGCAGUGAAGACUUCUGCGACGGACAGCUGUUUCAGGUGCAGAAGUACGUCACAUGAUGAAUCUUUUUUAUUUUAUUGUAUUUUUCCUCACUCUGCUGACAUCUGGUAGCCAAGCGGCGAAACAACCCAAAAAUCCUGCCAGUGCCUACUUCAAGAUCUGUCACAGGAGUAACCCAGACCUAAGCAAUUGCGUGAGGAACACCAUCGAGGACCUCAGACCGAAACUUAUUAAAGGAAUCCCUGAUCUGGAGAUCGUGUCCCUGGAUCCCCUCAACAUCCCUCGCCUAGAGUUCAAUGACGGGAAUGGGAAUUUCAGAUUCAAGCAAAUUCUGACCAACGUCACAAUACAUGGUCUGGGGAAUUUCCAGCUGAAGGAUAUCAAGGUGGACCUCGACUCUCUAACUAUCGAUAUGGUCAUGCAGACGCCUUUCAUGAUGUUCACCGCCGACUACAAUAUGGAGGGGAAGAUACUGCUGUUACCACUGACCGGGAAAGGAGACUGCGUCCUCAAUUUCACUGAUGUGACGACCUCCUCUAACACGAUAAUUAAAUUGGUAGAACGUAACGGGGAAGAGUUCCUGGAGACGGAGGAACUGAAGUGGGACAUAUCUGUGGAAGGCUGUCGCCUUCAGUUUAACAAUCUAUUUGGAGGGGACAAGAGACUUGGGGAGACUACCAACAGGUUUCUGAAUGACAACUGGCGUGAGGCAUUUAACACUUACAGAUACUUGCCAGAAGAAGCAUUUGGCAUUGUGUUCAAGGAUUUUGCCAACAAGGUGUACCAAAAAUUUCCAUCCAAGGAACUCUUCCCUGAGUAACGGCUGUCAAUACCUCAUGCUUUGUCAGUGUGAAAUUAAUAAAACUUGUCUUCUGAUAUAAAAAACUUCAUACGGACGUACACAACAAAUUACAGCACUGCGCUACCCAAAGUGUAAGAGAGACUCUCAUAUGAACAACCCAUUAUGGUUUAAUGGAUAAUUUUUGUAGCCAGAACAUUAGGUAUUUGUAAUGUCAGAGGGAAUUAGAAAAAUACAGAAGGUAAAUUAUCAGCACCAUUCUGGUGUAUGCAGGGUCAAA